AUGACCAAAUUUCGCCCUUGUAUCGAUCUCCACUCGGGGCAAGUCAAGCAGAUUGUGGGCGGAACCCUAAGCAAUGUUGCUGCCGAUCUGAAGACGAAUUAUGUCUCCAAGCUCCCCGCCGGUCAUUACGCCGAGUUAUAUCGGAAGCACGAUUUGCGCGGCGGGCAUGUCGUGAUGCUGGGCCCAGGCAACGAUGAGGCAGCGCAUGAGGCACUUCGAGCCUGGCCUAACGGAUUGCAAGUGGCUGGAGGGAUCACCGAUAAGAACGCUCAGUACUGGAUUGACCAGGGUGCCGAGAAGGUGAUCAUUACAUCAUUCCUCUUUCCAGAGGGCAAGUUCUCGAAGGAACGGCUUGAAUCCGUUCUUUCUACCCUUGGAGGCGAUCGAUCAAAGCUGGUCUUGGAUUUGAGUUGCCGUAGAAAGGACAACACUUGGUUUGUAGCCAUGAACCGCUGGCAGACCAUUACCGAGAUGGAGAUCAACCAAGGCAAACUAACUGAAGCAGAGUCGAUCUCAUUGCUGGAACCUUACUGCUCCGAGUUUCUCAUCCAUGCCGCUGACGUAGAGGGGCUGCAGCAGGGUGUUGAUGAAGAGCUCAUCGCCAAAUUAGCCCAGUGGUGCACAAUUCCCGUCACCUAUGCCGGUGGCGCUCGCAGUUUGCAGGAUUUGGAAAUGGUUCAUGCCAGCAGUCAGGGGAGAGUUGAUUUGACCAUUGGAAGUGCUUUGGACAUCUUUGGGGGCUCUGGGGUAACGUUCGAUGAAUGUAUAGAAUGGAACAAGUCGCAUUGA